CCUGUUGCAUAGUGUGAUAACUUAGGAAACUAAUAAACCUGUUCGUAUCACUCAACUGCGCAAGUUGUACUGAAAAGGACGUCUUUAGUAACCCUUUGCAUGGCGUUACUCAGGCGGCAGAAUUUCUCUUGCGGGUGUUUUAUGCUACUGUUAGGUAAUGCGUUUAAUGGUGCGUCACGCGGGGAGUCGAAAUCAAAGGUGCAGUCUCUGUUAACACCUUAGGUUCGAAGGAAACAAAACAUUAGAUCACGCCUUUCUUUCUUUUUUUCUUUUUGAAAGGGGAGGAGGGGCUACAGUAUAGAGAUUGAAAGGCGAAAGUGUAAGCGAGAGACGUGGUAACCGAGUUGAAGAGGGCGGGGGGGUCUAAACAUGACUAAGUACGCUAUUUUGAGUGUUCGGAAGCAGUGCAUCCGAGUGUGUAUCUGUGCAUGUUUACCGAGAUGGUAGCAGUUUUGUUUGAUGUUUCUUUUUUUUUUCUGUUCUUUUCUUGCAUGUCUUCACAGCACCCAAACCAACAGCAAUGAAGCUGCUGCCUCUCCGUAACUUGAGAUUAGUCAUGACAGAGACUCUGAAGAAGACUGAUGACGAUCACGAUUCCGGAACUGAGUCUGACGACGAAAGCGCAGAAAUCGAAGAACUGCAGAAAUACAUGGAGCAGAGCAUCCAGUUGGAAGAUGGCAGCGGCGGCCACUCGCCUAGCCGCCGGCGGUCGGCGGCCGUACUCUGCCAACACACGACAAGCUUUCGGCAGCACCAGCUGCAGCCGGAGCCUCAGCAGCCGAACAACAAGUCCGCGGACAGGCGGCGUGUGCUGCCACAGCAGCAGCAGCACCACCACCACCACCACCAUCAUCAUCAUCACCACCACCUCCAGACACAGCACCAGCCGCACCACCACUCCGAGCCGCUCUCGGGGCCCGCAGUUGUGACGGCGCUGCUCACGGCCACGAACGCGGCCGCUGGACGCCAGCAGCAGCCUUGCUGUCACGCGGCUGCGCCCAGCGUCGUCAUGGGCGGCAGCCCCGUGCUCUUGGACUCGGCGCUGCCCAGCGACAGCGACCCAAACCUGGAGCAGCACAGCUCCGAGGAAGAGCUCGAGGUCAUCAACAACCGCGCCGGCUCGGCCGAGAAGCGCAAGUGGUCGCAGGCUAACCAGCGCCGCGCCCGAGCAUCGCUACGCCGGAGCCGCUCGGACGGCGGCGGCGGCGACACGUCCUCGGACGAAGAGGAGUACGACGCGGCGACCGGCGCGACGCUAGCCGACGGCGUCUCCGCGCGGGCCAUAGCGAAUGGCGCCUGCCGACGCAACGCCAGCGACGUCGAGGACGACGAUGAAGACGAUGACGAGGACGACGAGGAAGUGCGCGACCUGACGUGGAGCGGUCGCGCCGUCGGCGGAGGCUCGGGCGGUGCCGGAGCCGUCGGCGAGGGCGUCGUGAACGGCGUUCAUGGUUCGGCGUCGUCGGCCGCCUCCUCCGCGCGCUCGUCGUCCCAGCGGUCCUCGUCGUCGUCGUCGACCGCGGUGGUGCCCCCGACGCCCGUCGAGUUCCGCGCCUCGCCGCCGCUGCACGUGCACCGGCCGUACAACGGCUCCCCGCCGCCCAAGGUGUUCCACGCGGCGCCGGGCGUGGUUGGCGGCUUGUCGUCAUCGUCCUCUUCUUCGACCACCUCGGUGUCGUCGUCCUCGUCCACGACGUCGUCGGGCCCCACGACGCUCACGCUGUCCGCGUCCGCGCACAUCCCGGCCUUCGAGGUGUGCGCUGUGAGCCCGCGCAAGCGCCACCGGCAGGACCGGGGCGGAGGCGGCACGGCGUUCGGAGUCUUCUCGCUCGUCGACGGCGGACCCGUCCAGCGGCCAUGCCUGGACUUCGAGAAGAUGCAGCAGAUCAGGGUGAAGUUGUUGUGAGAACCUUUGGAGCCAGGAACGACCGACGUGCAUCUUACCAAAGCAGCAUGACAGAGAGCUUGGGAGAAGCCAUUAAGCCAGAAGACAAGUGUAGACUGUGUUAAAUGUGAAAGUGUUUGUGUGGACGCACAAGUUACACAUUUUGAAGGAAGCUGGAAAGAAGAAAAGGAAGAAAACGGAAAGAAAAAGCUAAAUACGACAAGGAAGGUCGUGAUCUUCGAGACCCUCCGGGAUAUCAACAUGGAAGAAGCCAGUGCCGGUUCGACCACGGGACACAAGUGCACACACACACACACAUAAAAACACGCACGCAAACAGUGACGACAAAAAGACAAAGCUUAGGACAAUUUUUUACUAAGGACUUCAACAAAGUGCAAACCCAUGUUUGUUUUUGUUUCUCUCUCUUGGUUUCUUGUUAUUGUUGUUGUUGCCGUUUUCCUUUUAUUCACUGUCUAUCCAGUUUUUCUCUGAUGUCUCAUAUUUCUCAAACGUUGAUGUGAAUGAAGGUUCGUUCAUAAUUUUUUUUCUCUCAACCUUCCAUUCUGCCUUCUCCUCUUGCUUUGUGUAAGCUAAAAUGAUGUUUGAUAGUGUUGAUGAUGAUGAUGAAGAAGACAUCAGUUGAGAGGUGCCCUCCUGGCAUACCAUGGAGAAAAAAGAAAUACGGAGAAGGAAAGGUCCACAAGAUGUGUGCGUGCCACUGUGACAUACAGGAGCCCGAGUAUGGUGGGAGAUGGCGAAGUUGCAGAGAUAAACAUCAGAGCGAGGCCUCUGCUAGGAGUGCGAUGACGUCAUCUACAGGCGAGGCGUGUUUUGCAAACUGUUCUCGUCUGGCUUUAGCAGGACCGCUGGGUGUCAUUGCUUGAGACCGGAGGCCUAGACAUGCUCUGGGCAGAGACAGUUGUAAUUCGAGUCCACUAAGGUGGAUGCUGAGAAAGGAGUCAUUGGGUCGUCUAUGUGAAACUCGUCACUAGGACGUACUAGGGAAUCCCCUUCCCCGUUUGAUCCCCCUCUUCCCUAAAUUUCAUUUCUUUUGUCUCACCGGGUGCCGUUGUCCACCUUAUUUCUCUCCUACACCGUAUUCUUUUGUUGCCUUCGUGUUGCCUUCGUAUUUUUUGUUGUUGUAGGCUCGUUAGGCUAAGCUUGGUUAUUCAUUGACCUUCUCUUCCCCCUUCCCCCCCACACCUUGGAGACAAACCGCCACUAUGGGCUGUUUUAUUCCGGGCUGACUGGAAUGGCUGGCAGUGUUUUGCCACCUCCAUCGUUCCGGUCUGGAAAGAGAGUCGCCUUAGCAAGUGUGUAGACGCUGUUCGUUCUUUGAUCAUGUCUAUUUUUCUGUUGGUACGUUUUGUGACGUCAGUGACAAAAGAAAAAAAGCCUUUUUCCGCAGUGUGACGGAUGCUUGGCCUUUCAGUCCCACUUCAAGCGCUUGGAGUGGGGCACUUUCUUGCUCUUGGCGAGAGAGAGAGUUUGACUUCAAUAUGUACCUUUUCUUGCCUUCGAAACUCAGGAUGCCUCCGUUGCCAAGGCAAGGCUGCUCUCUGCCUGGCACAAUCCUCAAAACUAGCGGGGUUAAAAAAAAGAUUGAUGGAUACACCGAGUGUUUGGACGCAGAAGAUGUGCGUGAGGUUGAAAGUGACACCGUCUCUGUUGCCAGCGUGCGGACCAAGAGUUGUGACGGCCAAGAGCUGGAGGAUCAUGGUCCGGAACGUGUUUAGUAUGCUUAGGUUUGUUUCGGCCAAAGAAAAGCGAGAUAGAAUGUGUCAUGGAGCUGUAGAUUCUUGCCUGAUCGGUCCCUGAAUGGUACGGGGAUCAAGUCCUGUGUGUAUGUCUUUACUUUUGACUUAAAAGAAACAAAAAAAAAAAAAAGAGCCGCUACCAAGCACAAGUUGUUUCUCGAAAGAAAAAAAAAAGAUUGCGAGACUACCUGGUGUGGACAUUAAUUUUUUGUCUAUCAAUAUAAAUACUAUAAAUAAAUCGCUAUAUAUACACACAUGGAAGGAACAGCAUGUAUUAUACUUCAGUAUAUGUGGGAAACGACCUAUCCCCCAUGUAUUGCAUCACCAGCCACUUUAACCCCCGUUCCCACUCUUUUGUGAGGCAUUAAAUGUCUGAGAAACAUGA